CGGUCUGCGAUUCUGCCUUAGGAGAAGGUAGUAGCGCAUGAAUUCGAAUCAGCGUAGAAUAAACCGUACCUCUUGAAAACCAGCAAAAAUAAGGCUGCAGUUGUCAAACGCAUAACGAGGAGUCUUUAAUCCGAACAGGCCUCGGCGCUGCGCAGCUCCUGAAUUGGAACUUAGCAGAGCUCUAUGGGUAUUACAAGCAUGGCGACAGCAAUACAUCCGGAAACGGGCAAGCUGGGGUUCUUGCUGGAUGUCCCCUUUCCAUCAGCCCGGGAGGCCACCAUUGCCCUCCGGUCACUCUCCCCUGACCGAGAGCCAAGGAGAGGUGGCAUCAACAAGCACCUGAGUGUGUCUGAAAGCACGCUGUCUGUAAGAUGGAGUGCAGAUGAAGCUCGAAUCCUCAGAGUUUCUGUCAACUCAUUUCUGGACCAUCUGUCGCUCAUUGUGGAGACCAUGGACCUCUUCGCCCCUCCUGUCGAUCUCUAGUUCAGCACACAUGACUAAUAACUCAGGGUUACUUUUUGUUUUGCCUCCUUGAAAAUUAGUAGAAGCAGCAUAUGUGACUAAAGUUUGAAUCCUGGAAAUUUUACCAGCAGAUCAAGUCUUUGCAAUCUGACUUUCAGUUCUUUAUUUAGAAUGCUGUUUCAAAUAUUUUUCCACUUUAAACGUUUUUAUUUUUUCCUUCCCUUUUCACUUAAAUUUUAUUUUUCACCUGGAAAAUUUAGUUGUAAAGUUAAAGCUUUGUAUUUGAUGUAUUUCAUUAAUGUUGGUAGACAUUUUUGUGAAGUUAUUUCACAAUUUUGUCAGCUUCUAAAUUAAAAGGAAUAGGACGCCUAGA